AUCUUUGCAUCACUCUCAGCCGCAACAGCCACCCCAAUCAUCAGCAGGACAAUCUUCAACUACUGAACCGGUACUCCAACCAGCGCAAACCUCCUGGCAAACGGCUCAUCAAGCUGCUUCACAUUCUCAUAUGGAGAUCGCAGCAGAUGAUCAAAUUUUGUUGGCAACAGCUAUGGUUUUGGUAAAGGAUGCCACAGCUUCGCCUUCGUCGUGAAAAACACCACAUUGGAAUUCGCAGUAUAGGAGACUCCCUUACUAGUUUGAAGGCUCGUACGACUACCUCUAUUAAGUCACGUACUUCCGGCUAUCAGCUCACUCUCCAGUUUGGAAUCACAUCCCAUAUUGCCUACCAGCCAGAUAGUGAGAUCGACAUAUCGAAUUGGAACCUACCAGCUAACACUCCAUUGGCUGACGAAUCGUUCUAUAGGACUAAACGUAUUGAUUUGUUACUGGGGACCGAAGCCUUCUAUGGAGCACUAGCUGUUGGCCAGAUUCGCAUUGGUCCAAAUCUUCCCACUUUGCAGAAGACUCUUUUUGGUUGGGUUGUUGCUGGGAGGUACCAGCGGCAAUAUAACAGACAGCCACCAUUGUGCUUGGCGACUGUAGAAGAGUAGAUCGACAAGAAUUUG